AUGGAGUGUAAGCUUUGCUCCAAGAAAUUCAUCAAUGGCAAAGCUUUGGGCGGUCACAUGAGAUCCCACUACGCCACCCUGCCGCUUCCGCCGAAGACGCCCCAGAGGCAGGAACUCAGUGAGCCGCCGCCGCCACCGCCGCCGCCGUCGUCCGAGUCAACAUCCUCCGACGAGAGGGAGAGCAGCACCGGCGAGAAAUCCUCUCUCUCCUACGGGCUGAGAGGGAAUCCGAGGAAGAGCUACAGGCUCGUAGAUCCCGAGUUUUACGACGUCGGCUCAGACGCGAGCGAGACCGAGUCGACUCGGGUGAGGAGCAAGAGGGCAAAGGUGACGACUGCAGCGGCGGCAACCGAGUUGGGAAUCGAGGAGGAACUCGCCCUGUGCCUGGUCAUGCUGUCUAGAGAUGUGUGGGCGAGUUCAACUGAGUCGAGAACGAGUCAGAAAGUUCACAGAUGCGAGAGUUGCGACAGGGUUUUCAAAUCGUCCCAGGGUUUGGGCAGCCACAGGGCGAGCCACAACAAGACGACGACGACGAAGAACACGAUUUCUUCUUCCGACUACGACGGUGGUUGCCAGAAGAAACCAGAGAUCGCAAUUGUUUACAAGUGCUCGUUCUGCGACAAAAUCUUCGGGUCGUAUCAAGCUCUCGGUGGCCACAAGAGAUCGCAUUAUUUUCCGUCGAGAGAUAAGUUUGAAGAACCUGCCGCCGCCAUAGAUCUUAAUGUACCUGCUUCAAUGGAAGACGAAGAAGGUGAGUUUGCUGCUAUUAGUGAUCGAGGAAAAGGUGUUUGCUAA